AUGUCGCCGCAAACAGUGAGUUAUAUCAGAAGUCUCUCGUCCGUGGCAACGCUUGAUAAGUUGUCGGCCUUCCCACGUGGCUCUAGAAUUUUCUCUUUGAUACAACCAACUGGCGCCGUUCAUCUAGGAAAUUACCUAGGUGCGCUCCGGAACUGGAAGCAGAUUUCAACAGAAGCGCCUGAGGAUACACAGUGUAUAUUUGGGACGGCCGAUCUUCAUUCAGUCACGCAACUUCCUUCAUCAGCAGCGUUGCAUGAAAACCGAUAUGGGGCUGUUGCAAACAUUUUGCUGGCUGGAAUAGACCCAAAGCGUUGUAUUCUCUUCCAUCAAUCAAGCGUUCCUGAACAUGCAGAGUUGUAUUGGAUCUUCACAUGUCUCACUAGUAUGGGAUCUCUCAACAGGAUGACGCAGUGGAAGCUGAAGCUGAAACUAGAGGACGACGCAGAUAUAUACAGCGAACGAGCCAUGGGAGCCACCAAGGCCGGACUUCUCUUAUACCCUGUGCUCCAGGCCGCUGACAUCAUGAUUUACAAUGCAACUCAUGUGCCAGUGGGAGAGGACCAGUCUCAGCACUUGGAGCUUUCGCGAGACAUAGCAUCGACUUUCAAUCACAAAUAUGGCAAGUUCUUCACCUUGCCACAAACAAUAUUGACACCUACAAAGAAAAUAGGUGCUUUACGUGAUCCUACCAAGAAAAUGUCCAAGUCGGACGCCAACCAGAGCUCAUCUGUCUUCAUCAAUGACGACGCCGAUACUAUUGCUAAGAAAUUUCGUAGGGCGGUGACCGACUCCGUGCAAGGACCAGUUACAUUUGAUCCUCGGAACAGACCUGGCGUGUCUAACCUCGUAAAUAUCAUCUCUGGUUUGUUGAAUAAGACAGUGGACGAAACAGUGAAAGAAUUGGCUUGGGUCGGAAGCCACAAACAGUUGAAGGAUUAUGUCACAGAGCUUGUCGUGGAGGAGUUCAAAGAGACAAAGACUAUGUACGACAAUUUGAUGGCUGACAAGUCUUACAUAGACGCCGUGUGUGCAGAAGGCACAACAAAAGCCAGGGAAAUAGCACUGGUGAACAUAAAAGAGAUUAAGAGAUUGGUAGGGCUUUUGUAG